UGCCGAUCUGGAGAGUGCCAUGGGCCUCAGGACUACUAAACAGAGGGGGAGAGGCACAAAGCACGCCCCUGGUCGCCAAGAGGAUCAUUUGACAAAGGAGCCAGUGGAAGACACAGACCCUAGCACUAUAUCCCUUAAUAUGUCAGACAAAUAUCCCAUUCAAGACACGGGACUCCCUAAAGCAGAGGAGUGUGAUCCAAUUAGUUUGAACUGCCCAACAAAUUCUGAUGUGCAACACCAGGGAGAAGAAAAUGGCUUUCCAGACAGUACUGGAGAUCCCCUUUCAGAUAUAAGCAAGGACGUGUCCUGCGCGGAAAACUGUACCUGUUCGUCCUGCUUGCUCCUGGCCCCCACCAUCAGCGACUUGCUCAAUGACCAGGACUUACUAGACGUGAUCAGGAUAAAGCUGGAUCCCUGUCACCCCACAGUCAAAAACUGGAGGAAUUUCGCAAGCAAGUGGGGCAUGCCCUACGAUGAACUGUGUUUCCUGGAGCAGCGGCCCCAGAGCCCCACCCUGGAGUUCUUACUCCGGAACAGUCAGAGGACGGUGGGCCAGCUGAUGGAGCUCUGCCGGCUCUACCACAGGGCCGAUGUGGAGAAGAUCCUGCGCAGGUGGGUGGACGAAGAAUGGCCCAGGAGGGGGCGUGGAGAGCACCCCAGGAACUUCUAGACCUCAGCUCCUUCUCAUCGGCCUCUUCGGA